AUGUUCGAAGACGCGCUCGCGUUAGAGGACUUGAAGACUGCGAGCGGCGUGUUGAUCAUAUUGCAGGGCAUUGAGGACGAGGCGGAGCUCGAGGGUGAGAAGAAGCAACAGAAGGACGGUGAGGGCAUCCAAAAAGUCGAUGGCGAAGAAGAAGACGAGAACGAGGACGAAAGCGACCUUGACGAAGGAGAGGACACAGAAGAUGAGGCAGACGCUACAGCAUCGAAGUCCCUAACAUCAAACAGAAGAACAGAACUACACACCCAUAUCAUCCGGCUGAUGAGCAUAGCUUUCAGUACAGGCGACUACGACCUCUGCGCCGAGCUGGCGCGUUUCGUCAUGGGCAUUGACCCGACUGCAAGGGUGCUCAAGCGAGUGGUGGCCGCUGUACCGGGGUUGGGUGAGGGCAUGAGUGCUAGUGCGGCGGCCAGUCCUGUUGUUUCGUCUGGGAGUUUGAGUCGUGAUGCGGGGGAUCUGAGGACGACCAGUCAAGUUGGACGGUCUGGUGUUGGGCUGGGUUUGACUGUGCCCAAGCGGGGAGAUACGAGGAUAAGAGGGGGCAGUGGUGAAAGAAGCCCUGCACAAGACGGAAACGGAGAUGAUAGGAGGGAAUCAUUGGCAAAGGGCAAGUCGCCGAUUGUUGGCGGAGACUACUUCUCUGACAGCCCUGGAGGAUAUUGA